AUGGCAUCCGGGAGUGGGAGUGCUCCUCUAAGUUCAAUAGAUGAUAGGGGGGAGAGGGUUCAAGCAAGGGAUAAGAUCUCCCCUAAGAAUUCUUAUGGAUUAAGAACAGAUGUGGCUUGGGAACAUGGGGUUUCUGUUGAUGGGAGUAGUAGAAAUAUCCAAUGCAAAUAUUGUCUGAAUGUUUACAAAGGAGGGACUACUCGAUUUAAGCAUCAUUUGGCAGGGAUAGGGAAUGAUGCGAGAGCUUGCAAUGUUGUACCUGAUGAUGUUAAGAUGAAAAUUUAUAAGAUUCUUCAUGACUUCAAUACUAAGAAAUUGAAGAAGGAAAACACAACAAAGUAUAAUGGAGAUAGAGGUGUUCAAAUUAGCGAAUCGGGAAAAAGGAAAUGCGAUGAGCUAGUUGAGGGUCCAAGUGAAGCAAGUGCAACUCGUGCCAAGAGGAGCAUCCAAUCAAAUCAUAACAAUACAUUCAAUAAGUGUUUAACUGAAGAUGCAUGCUUAGACAUUGCUUCUUUUUUCUACAAUAAUGAAAUUCCUUUCACUGCCGUGAAGAGUGAAGAGUUCACCAAGAUGUGUGAAUCAAUUUCCCGACAUGGUUUAGGAUUCAAGCCACCAUCCUUCCAUGACCUUCGAGGGAAAUUAUUGAAGAAAAAGGUUGAAAUGACUCAUAAGGUGUUGGAUGAGCACAAAGCAUCUUGGAGAAAAACAGGAUGCACCAUUACGACUGAUGGAUGGACGGAUAGGAGGAGAAGGAUGACUAUCCUUAACUUUUUUGUAAAUAGUCCUAAGGGAACAGUGUUCUUGAAGUCCAUUGAUGCAUCCAGCAUAUGCAAGACAUCUGAAAAGAUUUUUCAGAUUGUGGAUGAGGUUGUGGAGGAAGUGGGGGAGGAAAAUGUGAUUCAAGUUAUCACAGACAAUGCUGCAAACUAUAAGGCAGCUGGUGAAUUGUUGAUGCAAAAGAGGAAGAGGCUUUAUUGGACCCCUUGUGCGGCUCAUUGCAUAAACCUCAUGCUAAAGGACUUUGAGAAAAAGUUACCCCUACACAAAGAAGCCAUUGCACAAGGUAAAAAAAUAACCACUUACAUUUAUUCUACAGUUGGCCUCAAAACUCUAUUGCAUCAAUUUACUGGAGGAGCUGAUUUGAUUAGACCAGGCACAACACAAUCUGCUAGUUCUUACUUAACAUUGGGAUGUUUGCAAGAUAAAAGGGGUGCAUUGAUAAAAAUGUUUGCUGAUUUACAAUGGAAAAAUAGUCAGUUUGCAAAGACUAAAAUGGGGAAAGAUAUUGAGAAAUUGAUUAUCGAAAAGGGGUUUUGGAAUGAUGUUUUGAAUUGCUUAAGGGGUGCUUAU